AUAGAUCAAUCGCCGCAGCCAGGAUUAAGCCACCUCCAAGCGGCAGAGGGGCCAAGGAGGCGAGAGGAAGGACGAUUCAACCAUUCUGAAUAGGCGAUGAAGAGAUGAAACGCUGGAGGGUCGGCUGGCCCGUGACGGCCUUCAGGGCGAGCCGCGCACGUGGGGCCGCCGCCACAGCGACAGCCAGCCAGAGUGACUUCCCUCUUGCCCUUUCUUCCUCUCCAUCAAUAGUAUCGUCUACUACAUCCUCACCUCUCGCGGAUCCAACUACCGGCUUCAUGCUUAACCGACCCACAGUAACCCAGCAGAUUCAACUGGGGCGAGCUCGGUAACAACAGUGCAUGACGAAUGCUUGGUUCCUCUCACGCAUCGCAGCAGUUGGAUGUAGGUGAUCAUCGCAAGGUCUUGGCCGACUCA